UCCAUUGGUGUGCGUCGGAAUUCUCGAAAGUGGAAGAGAGUCUUUAUACAAAUGGCGCAGAUCUCGGCAUCAGUCCGAAUAGAUUGGGGUGUAUACCUAAAGGGUUGUUGGCAAAAUUUCUUAAAUCAGCUAUAAUCGGAGGAUAUGAGUGCUAGUAGGAGCCCAGCAUGACCUGCACAAGUCUUAAAACCCCGACUUGAUUGAUCAACUGUUGCUAGCGAGGGCCAACACUUCCCGAAAAGCUCUGUUGCACCCGCUGAUUGUAAACGGAAGAGCACGAAAUAAAGAAACAAAACAAUCAUGAAGAAAUUCAAACGAAGAAGUUUCACUGGAUCAGCUUCACGGCUUGAACAACAAGAAGAAGCACCUCCUCUUGAUAAACAAAAAGAUCCUGCAGAGAACAUGAGAGAGCUUUUAACUGAGAUAACAAGAAAAGAGCAAAUGGCAACUGGAAAAAGAAUGGGAUACCUUGAAAAUUUUGUACAGCUAGUGCGUUGCCUGGCUCCUAGCACAGAUUUUGGUUUGUCAUUGAAAGAAAUCGUUAUGUGCUUAAAAGUUGCAUUCGUGAGCCCUGCGAAGGAGAUUCGCGCCGCAAGCCUUAGAGCAUUACGUCAUCUGCUCCAAACACCGGAGCAAGCGAAAAUUGUUAUCAAUCAAAGAAUGGAUAUAUUCGUGUCACGGUCGAUGGAUCUGCAGCCUGCGAUGGAAGUCGAGCGGGUUCAAGCAUUGAAACUUGUAAGAAAGAUGAUCUACCUUUGUCCAGAAGAAUUCCCCAUGAGCUUAGCAAUGUCUUUAGCAGCAAUAAGUGCAGAUAUGUCACAAAAUCGAGACCGGAUGUCAAGAGCUUGUCUCGCAACAUUAUGUGAGCUGGCUAUCAAAAACAUAAAGAUCGCCUCAUACUGUGGAGCUGUCAAUGUCAUUAUCAGCAACAUUCUAGAUUGCCCGAUUCCACGCAUGAACGAAUCCUUGAUUGUCACCUUGCUUUACCUUUUCAACACGCCAAAAAACAGGUGUUAUGUCCGAAGAAGUGUCGGACUCGAGGCUAUUCUUGCUCCGUUCACUGAUCUUUAUUAUCGACAUAAUUCGGACAUUCCAGACAACGCUAUCAUAGAAGAUCAAAAGGGUAGGAUCGAGGCGGCAAAAUUGGCACUAGUAACAAUAUUUCGGAGUUGGCCAGGAAUCAUUUGCAUGUGUGACGCUGAAGGUAACGGAUUAGAAUCCCUUAUGGGUGUUUUCCGUCUCCCGAAUACUGAUGUUAGGGCAGGAAUCAUCGAGACUUUGUUUCAAGUUUUCUGCUUGCGUAUGCCAGUUCUAACCGAUGACUUUAUUGAAGCUUUGAACAGUUGUGAUCCAUCACACAUCCAGUACACCUGGAAGCUCUGCGAAGGGUUCAUCGUUGAAGAGGCUUUGUCCCUCCUUAAACACAGAGCUUCAGGAAACAGGACAAAUCUCGUUCAAAGUUACGUGGCGCUUGUUUUAAAUGCAUUCAUUGACGCAGAUCUGCUUGAGAGCCUGGUUGAAGUGAUAACAACAAGUGAUGACAAGUUGUCCAUCAGGGCAACAAUUCUUUUAGGUGAACUCCUUCAUAUGGCAAAUACCUUGCUACCCCCUGAAUGCAGUGGGAGCUGCAGCGGGCAUACACACUGUUUGCCUACAUUAAUGUCACUUGCUACAAACCUUGAGGUUUCAUCAUCAAAACGGGGGAAGGCAAGUGCAGCUAUUGGAUAUCUCGACCAGAUUCACCAAGUCAAAAAACGGGGUACCAUUCCUUGCAGUUUGUUUUUGGAACAAAUCCUCUCCCAGGCAAACAAUCCUCAGGGGAAGUCAUCAAAAAGUUCAAAGGAAAAAUCUGAUCAAACAAUUUUGCGGGUAUGCCGUAACGACAGUGAAGAUAUUCUGUCUGCUAUCAAAGAAUCUCAAGUGUUAACUGUCAACGAAUUCUUAGCUGAGUGGGACUGGGACCUAAUCAGUGCAGUUCUUGACUCUCCGAAGCUCUCAAUUAAACGCCAAGAGGAUCCAACACACAUAAAAUUCGUGCGUCGACUGCUGCAGUUUUACAAGCCCUCUAACAAGCAGUAUUGCCUAAUAGAAGUAGGAAACACGAGUGCAAGAAAGCUAUCAGAAGUUGGCCUAGAGUUGAUUGAUUUCCUGUUAAGAAGGGAAGAGCAACCAGACGGAAAGCGCUUGUUGUUGGAACUUGUGCAAGAAAUUAGCGAUGGCCUAACAGAGGCAACUUCAACUGGUCACAUGAUGGGAGUAUUCUGCUCAAGCAGCAUAAACGAUACACUUGCUAGAGAUUAUUUUCUUUUCAUUGGAAGGCUGUCGUCGACACAUUUAGGCACGCGAUGCUUGGAGAGGUCAUCUGGUGUUUUCCAACACCUUUUAGAAAUAUGCAGCAUGAAAGAACGAGAAAAGAUGUUGAAGCUGAUUCUUGCCAGUUUUGAUUAUGGAAAGGAUGGCAUAGCACGGGUUAUUCUUGCAAAAGCAUUGACAGCAGCCCCGUUGGCCUCUUCAAGACUAUACGCAACAAGGUUUAUGCGGGUUCUUCUCAGAGCUAAAACACAAUAUUUCAGCAACUGGGGCAUGGAAUUACUUACCAAUCAACUUUACGAUCAGGCAUCCGAGGUUGUUGCAGAGGCAAUAGAUGUCCUACAGGAAGCAUGUGAAGACGAGGCCAAUCUACAAAGACUGAUCGAAAUUCGACCUGCAUUAUUACAUCUCGGGGAAAAAGGUGUAAUUCUGCUAGUCCGGUAUUUGUCUGUUUCUCGUGGCUUCACCUAUUUAUCAGAAGUAGACUAUGUUGAGCCAUUGCUAAAGGUCUGGAAAUUGUCUUAUAAUCUGGAGUACGUUCAUUGGAUUGAAAACGAACUGGGAGAGGCACUCACGCUAUUCCAAAAGCUGGCUGACAACGACAACUAUAUUCGGCGUUCGUUAAAUGACAGACUAUCCAAUAAAGAUGUAUUUGUCAUACCACAUCUUUAUGGCGAGUUGGCUCAACAUCGAAUGGGUAUUAAACUAAUACAAGACAAGGGAUUCUUGAAAGAUUCCAUCAACACCAUCUUAUAUUAUUCUCUGGAAACAGCGAAGGAUAUACUAAACAUGAAGGCUGCACUAUGGGCGUUGGGCCAUAUCGGAUCAACUAGCUGGGGCGUCGCCUUAAUCAACCCAGUUCCUAGACUUACGACUCCAACUGACACAAAUUUCGACGACGAUGACAGUGUGUUAGAGGAUGAUUACAUUGACAUUAUAAAAGAAGUUGUCCAACUGGCGCAGGAGUGUGAGGUCUUGACUGUUCGAGGAACCUGCUUCUAUGUGCUUGGUCUUAUUGCAAAAACAUCACAAGGUGCAGAUCGCCUAGAAGAGCUUGGCUGGGAAUGUGUGAGGCAUCGAGGAGCAGAAACAUGGCCUGUCAUUGAACAGGAGGUUGCUUACCUAGCCGAUGAUUAUAUGAGUGAGGAGGAAUGCGUUGGGAGCGAGUCGGGUGACGAGGCAGAUGAAAAUCAGAACGGUGCAAGCUCGACCUCAGCAAAUGAUCGUUACGGGGGUGUCUACAUGGGCGAUGAAGUUUCAGAUUUCUGUGAGCCGUAUCAUACAGAAGCGUUUGAAUAUACCCGGAUAACACUGGGUGAAGACAGAAAAGGCAAGGGGAAAAAGCGAAGCCCUGAAGAUGAAAAACUAAGUGAGCAAGACGAGAAGCGAGCAAAUUCAGAUUUCAAAACGCGUACGUUCAAUAUUGAUGAUUCUGGAAAUUUCACGGAGCAGUCAGUAAGCUUGAUGAGUGGCCUAGAGCGUAUUGUUGGCUCAGGUACUACUGCAAGCAUUUAUUUAGGCGGGGAGGAUACAGCGGUGUUUUCCAAGCAAGAUUCGCGCGAAAACUUGAUGCAAACGCUUGCAAACUUGGAAAAGCAGCAGUCCUCAAGGUCAAGCAGCAGUGAACCGAAUCUUUCUAUGUUUUCAAAAAGCACGCCGAAGAAAAACGGCAUUGAUAUUCGUGAGGCAACGAAGGAGACAAGAAGCGUUUAUGGAGAGGGUGGAAUCUACCUGGGUGAGGAGGAAAUUGAGGAAGAGCCGAGAAAUGAAAGAGAGGAGCUUUUGUUUGGAAGCAAAUGGUUUGCACCGAAAGCACAAGACGAGCGGGAGCCGCCGCAGAAGGAAAACGCCCAAGGAAGCGCAAGACCACAGCGUUUUGAGAAAAUGUUUUCAAGUGAGCUUCAGUUAGACAACUUACGACCCAUCCGUGAAGUAGACAGCAAAGAAAAUAUCCCUGAUAAUUUGAGAAGUCCUACGAAAGACGAAGUCGAUGGAUCUAUCGCACAAACUGUUAAAAAAUCUUCUUUUAUUGAUAUCCAAGGUCAGAAUGGAAGAGAACAGAACGGCAACGAAAGAGAGUCAUUUUCUAUGCAACCUGAUUCUUACACAAGUCAGUAUAGUAGCUUGCCAAGUGAGAAUAGUUCUAGUAGACAAAGUCCGAUUGAUUUCCGUCGAAGCAGCAGCCUCGAGAUUAACGGGAAUGAUGAUAAACGAGGCCGAAGUCUUAGUCUGCCCGCACGAAAAGACUCACUAACCAGCACGCCAGGUUCACGAAGCGCAAGUUUCUCCGGUGUUCCGCAAAAUAUCCCUGCACUGCUGCAUGGUCGAUCCGAAAGUGAUCCGGGAAUGAGUGGUGACUCGCAUGCAGAAAGCUUUAGUAGUCAAGACAGCGAAAAGGAGAGGCUUGCUGGUAGACGGAUAAAAUCUGGAAUGAAAUCGAAAGAGGCGUCAGUCAUUAACGAACGACGGAUAUGUCCUGAUCCUACUUCAAAAUUAGGUCUUAGAGAACGCAGUGACAGCGACGAACGACGCUCAAAGAACUAUUUGCUGGAUGUGAGCACCGCAUCAAGAAAAGUAAGGCGGCCGCGCGGAAAUACAUUCACGCUUAGUGUAAGCCCAGCGUCUUUUAGAGUUGGGUCGGUUUCAAGUUAUUGCGAAUCGCCGGUUGUUGCAUCAGCAAGAGACGGUUUGGGUUACGCUGCGUGGACUACACUCCGUAAACAACGAACGUUUAGAAAGGAAAUUGAUCUGAAGAUUCAGCAGUCGAGUGCUGUAAGUCCUUACCGGCAAAUUAUGGAAAGACGAAACCAUAGGCGAGGAUAUAGUUCAUCAUUCAGCACAACUGAUUUCCCGCGCAUUAACCAUCACGUCAGCAUUCCUUCUUCCUUGUCUCAACUGCCAUACAUUGUCACGAGGCGGCACUUCAGUAACACAACAUCGAUAAGCAGCACAGGCAGUGAAAACUUUCCUGCAGCAACAACAACUGAACCAGCAGUCAACACUGACGAUUAUGUUGGGAGAUGCAUUCCCAUUCAAUUGUACGACAUUCUGCGGCUAAACGCAUACGAGUACAAAGGCUCUUGGGCUGCGAACUUCGAUCAAGAAGGGGAAGAUUGUGGCAAAGUAGUGGGGGAAGAUUUUCCUCACAUCGAGGGUCGAUGUCUGCAUUGCCUCACAUUAUCAAGAUCUUCUUCGCGCAAUUCAGUGAAGUCACGGAAAACCCUAAAGGAAAAAGAUGAAAGAAAGAACUCAAACAACCUCCGAGAUCGAUCAGAAAACGAGUUUCCUAAGAAAAAAUUUUCAGCGUCUUCACUUCCCCAGAUUGAUCCUCAAUCGGAAGACAGAAUUCUUGUUCACAAAGAGGUUCUUCGACUGAUUGUAAACCUCAGCAGUUCCGUUGCAUCGAAAGCUUCUCAACAGGGACUAAUAACGCUCAAAGACCAGUACCCAUGGGCAUUCGAAGACCUUUGCCUGUAUUCCCAGAUGAUGGAUCAAUUAGGCACGUACACUUUCCGCCUAUCUAUGCGAAGGUUCAUUCAGGCAAUGUUUGAAAAUAUCAACUACAUCUCGGUUUUCCAUCAAGCGGAUGCCAUUCUUGGUCGCACAGGAGAUCGAUGAUAAGAUUUGCAGUGUUGUUUAUGGCAGUGAUAAUUUUUCGAGGAGGCAGUCAAGUGCCUGGAUAUAAAAUGCGUUGGCAGAAAAGGUGCGAGAAGCUGGUUGCUAGAGCUUCUAGGAAGGAAGUUAUAAUUCAUAAGAUCGACAAACGAAAAUGUAUACCUAUUUAACUAGAAUUAAAAUACAAAAAACGCAAACGGUUGCCUUGCAGCUUGUUUUCCCAAGCUGCAUGUAUUUCUAUGCUUAUUUUGAUAUUCUGAGUGCGUAUAUUUUCUCCUUUUGCCUCAAAUUUUUGGCAUAUCGUUGACGUCUAAUUAAGGACCAGUUUCUAAAGUAGCAGAAUACCUUUAUUUGAAACUUAGCCGAAAUGCCUUCAGAGUCAAAGGAUAGUGCCUCCUUUAGUACAAUGCAAUACCCCCUUGUGACCAGAGCCCCCUUUCCAAAAUAAAAUAAUUUCAUUUCCAUUACAACCGGCUGGUAGGUUUUACCAAGCAGAUAGAAUUUUCGGAAUGAUCGAUGCAUGCCUCGUUGUCAUGUUCCAGUGCAUAACUGACAUGGUUGUUUGAAGUUACGUCAUUUGAGUUUAUGCAGGCUGAUAGUAAAUUUUUUGCCUUGAUCACAUGUUAAUUGUUUGCCUCGAUGACAUUUAACUUUGACUUGCUACAAAAGUAUUGCCAAUUCACAGCUCUUGAUAUUGUAAAAUAACUUUUGUUUACGUAGAUUUUCCAUUGUGCAGAACAAAUAUUUUUACCUUUACAUAAUUUUUUUGUUAUGAAUUCCAUCCUUAAUGCUUUAUUUUUCGAGUGUCCAAAGUCAGUAGUCGCAUGUGAUUUAAUUGAGUUAUUUCCAUUUUUCGCAUAUAAUUCCACCCCUUCAUAAUGACACUGCCGCGCAGCUAGUUCCUUUAAGACGUGCUAAAUUGUCAUCUUUCAAAAAUAUUUUUCGUUCUUAAUCCUGGUGGCUGAAAAUCUGAAGAACAAAAUUUUCAACUCAAAGGACAUGUCUUCAUUGCACCACGUAUUAACUAAAUAUAUUGCAUUUUGCCAGGAUUUCUCUCGACUUUAACUUUUCGGUCGUAAAAAUGGAAAUUUGUCUGGAGAAAAAAAUCCUCUUCCUCAGUGCUGAUAACUUGCUCUUGUGUGAAGCAUUUUUGUUGGUGAUUUGAUUAAUAUGAUAUUCUCCCCCUUUUUUUCCUUUGAAAGUUAAAGAGAGCAAGAAACUCCAGGCAGUGAUUUAUGAGCUUGAUAGUCCUAAGCGAAUUAGGUUCGUCAAGGAGAUCAAACCUUUGAUACAGAUUCAACAUAGACAGAUAGACAGAAGUUGUUUCUAUUCAACCCCUUUUCCACUAAUAAGGAUCAUUUAUAGAAACAAAAAUAAAUUACGAAAAUGAUUUAAGCUUGGUAUAAUUUGGUAAAGAUUUACAUGGCAAAAGACAGCCGCCUUGAUAAAAUAUUCUUUUCUCUUGAAGUAAAGAUACUAAAGUUAAGUGGCUCCACAUUUUCCAAUAUAUUAACUUGGAAUUAAAGGCCAUAAUGGACUGGUGAAAGUUCUAUAUAGAAUCUCAAAAAUGAGUGUGAAUUAACAUCACCGGCAGAAUAAGAUAAUCUUAGCAAUGAAAUUAUUCUUUAACAUUAAAAAAGAGAAUUAGAUUUGUGUGAAUUAAUGGUUUCCGGUAACUUUUUGCACGCUACCAUCAAAUUUUGAUAAAGGAUUCAUAAAA